CACGACUGCGCCCGUUCUCGAGCUCCAGCGCGCAACACGCACGAACGCGUCUCCUUGGCCUCCUCUAGCUUCUGCCACGCACGCGCACAGACACACAAACGGACACGCAGCAUGCGGGUGCUGUCAGGCCUCGGUAGGCCGCUGGCAGCUGCAGCCGCCGCUCACGCGCCGCCGUCACCGGCGACGUCGGACUGGACGAGGGUGUCAAGCAUGGUUUACAGGACGACUCGGCGACGCGCGUGCAGCAGGAGCACAUGGUCGCCGGUCCCAUCGAUAUCCGCUCAGGCGCCCCCGUCGCUAUAUAAUCCGCCAUCAUCGAACCCUCUGCGCGCAAUCUCGCAUCCGCGACUGCACGCUGCACUCGCAUCAUCGACGCUUGGCCGUGUGCGCUCUUGCUUUACCUCCGCAAACACCCCUUUUGCCGCUUCUGCCAUCAUGUCGAGCGCGAGCAAGGACACUGUCCCGAGGGACGCGUACCGUCUGCCGACGGACGUGCGUCCUACGCAUUAUGAUCUGACCGUGCGCACGGAUCUUGACAAGGAGCUGUUCGAGGGCAUCGUCAGAGUCGACCUCGACAUCCUCCGCACAACCCGCACCAUCACCCUCAACGCCGCCACGAACCUCACCCUCGCACCCGCAUCGCUCUCCACCUCUGAGACCCUCACCCUCGCCCCCACCGCGAGCACUUACGACGCCCCCACCGAGCGCGCGACCUUUGCGUUCGCCCAGGACCUCCCCGCGGGCUCGAAGGCGACGCUCAGCGUUGGCUUCUCCGCGCCGCUCGACGGGAGCAUGACGGGCUACUAUGCUAGCAAGUGGGACAAGGGCGUGUAUGCGCUCACGCAGUUCGAGCCGACCUCGGCGCGCGGCGCGCUCCCCUGCUGGGACGAGCCGGCGCUCAAGGCCACCUUCGCGGUCACGCUCGUGUCGCGCGCGGGCACCGUCAGCCUGUCCAACAUGCCCGUCCUCCCCGACUCCCCGGCGACCGACACAAAAGCGCUCGCGGACGACGAGAAGGCGCUCUACGCCGGCGUUGCCGAGGGAGACUGGGUCGUCAGCAAGUACGCGACGACGCCGCCGAUGUCGACGUACCUGCUCGCGUAUGCGAACGGCCCGUUCGAGUACCUCGAGAGCUCGUACAAGAGCCCGCUGAGCGGCGCCGUGCGCCCGCUGCGCAUCUACGCGACCCCGGACUGCAUCCACCAGGCGCAGUUCGCGCUCGACGUCAAGGCGAAGGUGCUCCCGCUGUACGAGCAAGUAUUCGACGUCGAGUACCCGCUCCCGAAGCUCGACACGCUCGUCGCGAGCGACUUUGAUGCCGGCGCGAUGGAGAACUGGGGCCUCAUCACGGGCCGCACGAGCGCGUUCCUGCUCGACCCCGAGCGCGCGGACAUGCUCGCGAAGAAGCGCGUCGCGGUCACGCAGAGCCACGAGGUUGCCCACAUGUGGUUCGGGAACAUCACGACGAUGGAGUGGUGGAAUUACUUGUAUCUGAACGAAGGGUUCGCGACUGUGAUGGGCGAGGUCAUCAUCAUGGACAAGGUCUUCCCGGAGUGGAAGGUCGACUCGGAGUUCAUCACGGAGCAUCUGAACGACGCGCUCCGGCUCGACGCCAAGCUGUCCUCGCACCCGAUCGAGGUCGAUUGUCCCGACGCGAACCAGAUUAACCAGAUCUUCGACUCGCUGUCGUACGCCAAGGCUGGAUCAGUGCUCCGCAUGCUGUCGAAGUACGUCGGCGAAGAGAAAUUUCUCAAGGGCGUUUCGAUCUACCUCAAGAAGCACCUGUACGCGAACAGCGUCACGACGGACCUGUGGGAGGGCAUCGGCGAGGCGACAGGCAUCGACGUCCCGAAGGUGAUGGAUAACUGGGUGACCAAGAUGGGCUUCCCCGUGCUGACGGUCACCGAGACCGAGGGCGGGAUCACGGUGCGCCAGGACCGCUUCCUCGAGGACGGGCCUGCGAAGCCGGAGGACAACGAGACGAUCUGGACCAUCCCGCUGAGCCUGCUCACGACGACGAGCGCGGGGCAGGCGAUCGUCGACAAGGGCGCGGUGCUCGACGUGCGCGAGAAGGCGUUCGCGGUCGACACGAGCAAGCCGUUCAAGCUCAACGCGGACACGAGCGGCGUCUAUCGCGUGCUGUACACCCCAGAGCGCCUCGCGGCGAUCGCGCAGGAGGCCGCGCGCGCGGACUCGGUGUUCUCGCUGAACGACCGCAUCGGGCUCGUGCACGACGCCAUGGCGCUCGCCAAGGCGGGCUUCUUGGACGUCAGCGCCGCGCUCACGCUCGUGCAUAUUUUGCGCGAGGAGCGGGAAUUCUUGGUGUGGGACAGCAUCUCGGAGAACUUGUCUAGGGUCGUCGAUACGUGGUGGGAGAACGACGCGGUCGUGGAGAAGCUGAACGCGUUCCGCCGGGAAUUGUACGGGCCGAUCGUCGCGCGGCUCGGGUUCGAGUACUCGGCCAAGGACGACGCGGACACGAGCCAGCUGCGCACGCGCGCGAUCGGGCAGGCGGCUGCGGCUCAGGACCCCAAGGUCGUCAAGGCGCUCCAGGACCGCUUCGCGCAGUUCGUCAAGACCGGAGACGACGCCGUCAUCCCCGCCGAUCUGCUGCGGGUGACGUUCCGCACGGCCGUGAAGUACGGCGGGCGGGAGGAGUACGACGCGGUAGUCAAGUUCCACGACGAGGCCAAGACGCCGUCGAUGCGCAUCGCUGCCAUGUACGCGAUGGGCGCGACGCAGGACGCGGCGCUGCAAGAUGCGACGAUGCGGUUCGUGAUGGACAGGGCGCGCGACCAGGACGUGACGUACUUCUUCUCCGGGCUCGCGGCGAACUUCAAGGCGCGGCGCCCGCUCGUCGCGUUUUUCGAGGAUAACUACGAUGCGCUGUACAAGCGCUUCGAGGGCAACUUCACGCUCAAGUACCUCGUCACGUCCGUGCUCUCGGGCCUCUCCACCGAGGCCGACCGCCAGAGCGUCGAUGCGUUCUUCAAGGACAAGGACACCGGGAAGUACAACCUCGCGCUCGCGCAGGCGCUCGACGGCAUCAAUGCCAAGUCCGCGUGGAUCGCGCGCUCGUCGGCCGAUAUCCAGCAGUGGCUGGACAAGUGGGAGCAGGGCGCGAAGCUUUGAGCUCGGCUACUGCGAUGGAAUCGGUAGGAAACUGGUUAUCAAAAAAUGGGCCGCGGUGCUGAAUGCGUUGAGGUCGGCAUCGGACGUGUGUACCGAUAGUAUGACAAUAGUGAUUGGGUUCGAUGCUUCGAAGAGUC